AUGGUGAAACAAACUCUGUCCCAAUCAAACGAUCCGCCCAACUUCUUCAAUUGCAAGUAAAUUCUGUUCCCUUUUCUGCAACGUAUUAAUUAUAUACAACUGUAUCGCAUGUUUGUAUUAUACAUAAUCUGUUCAAACAUACUCCUCCUUCCAUUUCCAAACUUUUUCUAUAAAUUUUUCUCUUCCAAUAUCAUGACGCGUCUUCUUCUCCUCCUUCCAGAGUUUUUUUUCAACAACCACCUGGGUAGCAAUACCUGCAUGAUCGCAGCCAGGGUUCCAUAGUGUCGUACGCCCUUUCAUACGGUUCCUAGUCAAUCGUCAAACGUUCUUUACACAAAAUUAUUAUUUAAAAACGGUCGAAUCACAAUACUCGAGCAAAAUUACAUUGUGUCUCUAUAGAAUAAGUAUUGUAGUAAUCUAUAUUUCAUCUUGUGUUUCUAUAGAAUAAAUUACGUACUUCUAUGUAAUGUAUAUUAUAGUUCAGGGAUUGUUUUACCAUCUUGUGAUAGCAUCUUCUACAGCAUUCGUUAAAGCAUGCCCAAGAUGAAGAAACCCGGUCACAUUGGGAGGAGGUAUCACCAUAACAAACUUUCCCUUGGGAUUUGGUUUUAAUAUGUCCUUUCUCUGCAAAAUGUGUAAAAAUCACAAUAAGACAACAAGGAAGCUUCGAGACUAAUCUUUUAUCAAAAUAUAUUUCUAUAACGUACAUUAUAUUCAGGCUUGAAGAAACCUUGUUUUUCCCACCAUGCAUACCAUGCAGCCUCAACAUAUUUUGGGCUGUACGUAUCAGGCAUUGGACAAGUGACGUUUUUCUUAUCCCCGACGGAGCGAUAAGCGUCUCUGGACGAUCAAACCAAUCGGUACAGAUAAUAUGUAAAACGCCGAGUCACGUUGUGGAGAGCUUCGGAUCCUCCUUACCUGUACUUGUUACAGAAGCAUUGACAUUCGUUGACAAAAAUACAGCUGUUAGUGUCAAUAUCUCGAUGGAUGGUUGGGCCUGGCUUGUAUGUGGCCGUAGACUGCUUGUGUGGCAAUGCAAAACAACCAUUCACGAUUCGAAACAGAGGAGAACGUUUAAAAGCCAAUGUCGCGAACUGUUAUUACCUCAGAGUGAUCUGGCUCACAAGGCAGAAUGCAUAGCAGUAUGGUUGCCUCAGGGUCAUCAGGUGCCUAGCUGUAUGGCUGUCUCUCCUGAGGGUAUUGUACGUUUCUGGGUCAGCGUUGCACACGAAGGAUCUUCCGUAGAAACAAGCGCAGAACUUGCCGGACAAGAAGUUGAUUGUCUCACUUACAUUCCUGGUCAUGGGUGUAUUUUGGCCACAACCACAUGCACAGUAGCGUUGUUACAGCCACAGUUUGUUGGUGGUAAGAACAGCAUUAACUGUCAAGUUCUUAGAACGAGUCAAGGAUGGUUAGGCGGCAUAGGAAGAAGAAUGACUUCCCUGAUUUUCGGAGCCAUACCUCAGUCGCCGGUUACAGAAACUAAAUUAGUAAAAGUUACUUGCACAACCUUGGGAGACAGAGGAUCGAGGGUUCUUAUUUUAGCUGGCUCGUCUUUGCAAUAUUGGUCUUUCCUUCAUAACGAACAAGAAAAGAUGGAGUUUGACGAAGAUAUUGGAUAUAUUAUUUCGCAAGCUUUUCAACGAAAAAUCUGGAAAUCAAGUGUAUGCAAUCCGCAAAGUAUGGAAACUUGGUUGAUUGACAUGCAAUCCUGUAACGAAGGAAUAGUUUUCUUAAUGGCAGCUCAUUGUGCUGACGCAUCGCCUCUUAUUGAAUUUGCACUUGGUUUGAUACAGUUAUCUGGAACAACGUUAGCAAAUACGUUUAAAUGGUUUAUACCAGUCAAGAUUGAUUCUAUUUCGUAUCACAAUGACGCUGAAUCAACGUUGGUUUCUUACCGUUUCAUAUUAUGCGGUUGGGAAGCUAUUAUAUAUAAUCAGCCUUUUUAUACAUUUUCGAACGAAACGAUUUUAGGUAUAUCCGAGCACGAGCAAGAUAAAAUAGAUUUAGUGCGGGGCGGAGAAGAUAGUAUUCUUGGCGGUGCACUGUGUUCAGGAACUCCAGUUUUAUUUACUAAAAAUUUCGGUUUGGUGUCCGUCAUGCCGUCAGAUUUUAUGUUACAAGAUUUCAAUAUGAGUUACACGGACAAUGUUAGUGCGAACGUGGAUUAUAAUUAUCGACCAAGUUCAGCCGCGCAAAAUUUUACCAGUCUUAUCAGUAAUGAAGAAAUUCAAAACAUGUACUACAGUUCUGACAGUGUCACGCAACUGCGUGCUGCAUUUCUUUUCAGUUUACGACAAAAUGAGGCAAAGGAACCAAUAAUGGACAUAGAUGCCACUCUUGAUACGUUGAUUUUAAAAGUCGCUAAAGAUUUAAUAGACGAUUAUCCGGCAAAUGAUCCACGUUGGUCAAAUCACAGAGAUUUGUCUAUGACAAUAAAUGCUGUCACAUCUAUGCAAAUACCCAAUCAAUUGGAAGGGAAGCAGAAAGCCAUUGAUUUGUUCGUAACGUUUCUAAAAGAACAUGAUUUGUGGAACAGAUUCUGCGCUGUUACGUAUAGAGGAAUAAUUAUGUCUACGCCGCACGUUCUUGGAGAAUACGCGGAAAAAAUAGUUGCCGCACUGACUAUAUAUAAUCUUCAAAACAAGUACCCAGACAUCGUAGAUACAACGAUGGAACAAACUUUAAGCCCCGAAUCAUACGUAUCCGAUGAAUUAACCGCGCGUGACAUAUUUUAUCGCCAAGUCAGUGCUGUUCAUCAGUUUCUUCCCACGUUGGUAAAUAACGCAUCGGAAGUGACUCAGUCCGAAAGACCCAUCCAACAAGUGGCAAAUUAUAUCGUGCAAGUAAACGCCGUGUUAUUGGGUAUAUUACACGAAGUAGUAAAAUACCGGCAACACAACGCUGAACGAUUCGUUCCGACGAGAUGUUCAAACGCUAUCACCGAGUAUCUUCCAUGGACAGCUGCGAUUGGAAAACAUGGUCUAAGAAAUUGUCUCACUACAAUGUAUAACUUGACUCUUAAACACGGCAUAACCGGAACUAACGAUUCAACAGUGAGAAACGAAUUGUACGAGCAGUUAAUAAAUUACAUAGAUUUAAUAUUGGACGGUCGGAAAUGUCAUUUAGAAAGCGUGAAAGGUACAGAGAAGUUCGAAGUACUUUUGAAGCAGUACGAAACAGACCGAAUGAACUUGAUUCAACCACUGAUAAAGGAAGAACAGUACGACAGCGCUGCGAUGUUAGCCGAAAAGUAUUGCGAUUUUGCGUCCCUUAUACAGAUAUGCGAAUUGACUAACAAUAAGAGCCAGCUGGACGGUUAUAUGAAAAAAUUCGCAGCUCAAGAUUUCGUAGGAUUCUUAUUUUCAUGGUACGUGAAAGAUGGUCGACAGGGUCAAUUAGUAGAGAGAUGUAGACGCGGCGGUACUGUCGAAUUAUCAAAAAAAUUAGCGGAACAUCCAACUCUAUCGUGGGUGCAAUUUGCCCUUACGGACGAUUUACGCUUUGCUGCUAAUACGCUUUACUCUUUAGCGAUUCAGGAAAGUGAAUUGGUGACGCGUAGGAAGUCGAUGCUUUCUUUAGCAAAAUUGGCGUUCCUCGCUUCCGAUGACCUAGAGGAGCAAGUGAGAAAUCAUGUGAAAAAAAUCGACAACGAAUUGGCAUUGGUUGCUUAUCAAGAAGAAUUGCCAACUCAAGUACUUACGACGUAUGGUUACGACGUAGAGAAAUUACGUGUAUUUACACCGACAGAAUUAAUUACGUUGUAUACAUCUGAAGAUAACAUUGAUGCGAACGAGUAUGACUUCAAGAAAGCUCUGGAUUUGCUCGAAUACGUGGAGCAAGAGGAUGAAAAGGUUUCUUUAAAAUUGCAAAUUUGGGCACGAGCUGCUAAACGGGAUCAGUGGGAUACUCUGGGAAAGAAUCCUGAACAACAAGUACAAGAAACGAUAUUUUUCAAACUAAUGGAUCUUGCACACUUUACAGGUAUAUCGUUAAUUGUUAAAGAAAUAAUUGCUUGAUCGUUCGAUUUAUAAUAGUACAUGUGCGAAUAAAAUGUAUUUUCGUUCCAUCUUCGACACAGGUGGUCGAGUAAACGAAUUUCUUCCACCGGUUGAUAUGCUUUUGAUAGAACCCGAAUUAGGAAAUCUUGCCGCAUCGAGUAACUUUCAAUUCCUGAUUAAGUUUGUGUACGAGUAUGCAUAUAACAAUUAUUAAUCUACCUGAACGAUUGUAAGUAAAAAUUUGUAUUUUUUUAAGUAAUAAAUAAAUUUCUACACGAUAUAGUAAUAUAAAUGGUAUGUUAAAAAAAUUGCGUAAGUAAUAGUAUCCAUAAAAAGAAAUAAAUAUAAAUAUUGCAGUUCACACAAAUAUUCGAAAUGCAAAUAAGGCUAGAAUAUUCAACGAGAUCAAUACUGUAUUUUUGUCCGCAGAAUUAUGA